AUGGUGUUCGCUGAAAUCGUUGGAACCCUCUCAUUCCUCCAACCACAAGCAGAUGAUGACAUAUUUGAUAGGCUACAUUAUUACUACACUACCACUUUUUUAUUGUUGACUGCAGUUCUGAUAUCUCUGAAAAUGUUCGGAGGACGACCUAUCGAGUGUUGGCUUCCUGCAGAGUACAAAAGCAGUUGGGAGGAUUAUACAGAAAUGUACUGCUGGGCACGGAAUACAUAUGUGACCGCUUUUGAAGAUGAUAACCUUCCAGAAGUGGUUAAUAGAGAGUACACAAUGGUCUCCUACUACCAAUGGGUACCAUUCUUCCUCGUCUACGUGGCGUUCAGCUUCUACGCUCCAUGUCUUUUAUGGCGUCUAUUUUAUGACAAGUCUGGAAUUCGGCUGAAGGAUAUCAUGGCCUUCGCAAAUGACAAAGCAAAUGUUGUUCCUAAUCAGAGACAAGCGAACAUUCGAGGACUCUCCGCUCAUUUAUCUUCAGUUUUUAAGCAUCGAUUCAGAAUUGGAGAGAAGCAUCCAUAUCAUCAUAAAGUCUUCAAAAUUUUCAAUGUACGGUACUACGAAUCAUAUUUGACCUACUUGUAUCUGGCAAUCAAGUCAAUGUUUUUGAUGAACGUGUUGAUGCAGAUGUACUUCAUGAGUAGAUUUCUGGAACUCGAUAGCCACCGCUACUAUGGAUACGGUAUACUGUAUGACUUGAUUAUGGGAAGAGGAUGGAAAGAGUCUUCGAAUUUCCCGGUCGUCACGUAUUGUGACAUGCAGAUUCGGAUAUUGGGACAUGUACAGAGACAUACUGUACAAUGCGUACUGGUUAUCAAUAUUUUUACGGAGAAGAUCUUCUUCAUUCUCUGGCUCUGGUACACUCUCCUCUCUUUCAUCUCAUUCGGAUCCAUUCUCUCAUGGAUUUUCGGAUCAAUUCCAUUCAAUCAACGACGUCAAUUUGUUGCAAGAAGGCUUGAAUUAGCUGAUGUGAAUUUUGAGAAAAGUCGGUAUAGACAUGAACUUGAUGAGUUCGUCCGCGACUACAUCAAAAUCGAUGGAAUCUUUGUUCUGAAAAUGAUAACGAUUCAUUCUGGAAUACUGAUGUGUACUGAUAUUGUAGAUCAAAUGUGGGAUCAAUAUUUGGAGGAGUCCGGAAAUCAAGUGAUACGAGAAAUAAUUGAAGAGAAGAACUAUGGAGACGACUAUGAUAGAUCUCAGUCAGCAGUGUCAAUUGAACCAAGUAUUCGUCGAAAAACUUCAGUUUUGGUCCCCCUUAUGAGUCGAGAAGAUCUGAAUGUCACCGAUCAGUCCCCUACGACUCCGACUCCACAAUUUCUGAGGCCUCCCAGUAGUCGGAUGACUGCUAAUGUAUAA